AUGAAUAUUCUGAAACCAAGGGCAGCAAUGUUCUUUCAUGAUAGAAUGGGGGACCAAUGUGAUUCGGCGGCCUAUCUUAUCCACACACCAGCUCAACGACAUAACUGCGACGCCUCUCCGCAUCUUAGUUUUGAUGAUGAAUUGCAGCCAAGUUCUGUAGUCUUCCCCAUCGUAAAGGAUUUAUCCACUUUACAGUACAUCACCACAAUUCUUCGCGGUUCUCCAUUGGCUCCCAUCAAGCUUGUUGCUGAUCUCGGCGGUCCUUUGAUCUGGCUCGAUUGUGCUUCUGGGUUCGUCUCAUCAUCCCGCCGGGUCAUCCCCCAUCAGUCAAUUCAGUGUUCAAGAGCAGGAGUCGGAGCCCCGCGUGAUCUCGGAGCUAAAGCCUGUGAUGUGUUUCCAGAAAACGGCAAAACCGGAUUGGCUAAAAGAGGAGUUUUGGUGGAGGAUACCAUAGCUCUUCGAUCCACAGAUGGGUCAAAAUCAGACCCAUUAAUCACCACCGUUGACCGGUUUCUCUUCUCUUACGCGCCGGCUUUGCUUCUUCAAGGCUUGGCAGGCGGCGCCAGAGGAAUGUCGGGCCUCGGGCGAGGCCCAAAGAGACAGUCUUUGACACUGAAACAACCAAGUCUCUUUAUUUACACACCUCUAAUGGGUUCCUCGCAGGACUACUCCAUUAAUGUCAAAUCCAUGAAAAUCGGUGGCAACAAACUGCCGCUUGAUGUCGUCGGAGCGACAAAAUUGAGCGCAAUUGUUCCUUACACCACCACGGAGAGCUCAAUUUACGCCACAUUCACUGAAGCUUACAAGUCAGCGGCUGCUUCAAGGAACAUGACAACGGUGGUUCCCGUGGCACCAUUUGGGAUCCGUUUUAGCUCAAGGGGCGUCGAUGAGUCAUUGCUGCCGGUGAUUGAUUUAGUGUUACAAAGUGAGAUGGUGAAGUGGAGGAUACACGGGUCAAAUUCAAUGGUUAGGGUGAGCCAGCGGGUUAUGUGCUCAGGUUUCCUGGACGGUGGGCCGGGGUUGACAAACUCCAUUUUGUAG